ACGAUCAAAAUAAAUCUGCGCAGCUCGGGGAAUCAUGGCGGCGAAGAUGUCGCAAAAUUUCUUCCAGCAACAAAAUAAAUAUGGUGCUGGUCCAUCAAAUGGACCAGCACCUAUUGAUGUCAGCCCGGAACUUCAUCUUAAAAUGUCAAAGAAGAUAGCACAGCUUACAAAGGUUAUCUAUGCAUUGAAUACUAAAAAUGAUGAGCAUGAGGCCAUGGUCCAGAGUUUGAAAGAAAGUCAUGAGGAAGAACUACAGCAACUAAUGGGAGAGACCAAACUGAAGAUUACAGUAUACCAAAACAAACUUGGAAAAGAACUUGAGCUCCAACAGAGGGUCAACAAACUGGAGGCGGAAGCUUCCGAUUUUGAGCGACAAAAGCGGGAAACGCAAGCGGAGUUCAGUGACUUUAAGAGAACCAGUGAGGUCAGGGAAGGAAAUAUUCGAGCAGAACAUUCACAAAAGUUACUGAGUCUGUCUCAGGAUUUGUUGUCUGUGAAGAGGGAUUUUGAAGAUAGGUUAAGACAAUUUGGGGAUGUGAAGGAAAAACUGAACCAGGAGAAAGUUGCUGCUCUGGAACAGCUUCAGGCAAAACACAGGGAAGAAAUAGAAGCAAUCCAUAAAGCUCAUCAGGCGCAGCAAUCUGGUGCUUCGAGUGAAGUUGUGGAACUCGUCAAACGGCAUGAAGCUGAAGUGACAAGAUUAAAACAGGACUGUGAAAGCCUGUCAUCAGAUAAAGCUCAUCUAAUUGAGGACUAUGAAUCAAAGCUAGAAAAACUCAAAGCAUUCCAUGAGCGAGAGAUAGCAGCUCUCCAGGAUGGGGAGUCUCGUAAGCAAGAGCAGGAGUGGAAGGAGAAGGAGGAGGCAUUGAGGAGAACAUUUGCUCAGAAGGAGCACAAUAUGAACACUAAGAUACAGGAGCUUACUGCAGAGCUGGCUGUGUCAGAUGAAGAUCUAUCAAAGUAUAAAGAUUUAUUAAAGAAGGCAGAGGCUGCUCUAGAUAGUCGAGAAGGAGAUGCUAAUAGUCUUACCCAACAGCUUCGUGAUUCAAGAAAAGAAGCAAACAGUGCAAUGACAAGAUUAAAAGAGGUUGAAGGAGAAUUAGCAGCAUCAAGAGAAAGAUGCCAAGAACAAGCUGCAGAUAUGGUUAAAAAAUCAAAUCUCAUAGGCACACUUGAAGCUACACAACUCAGCAAUGCAGCCACAAUCAAAGAUAUGGAAUCUGAUCUAUCUAGGUUACAAGACAAGGUGCUAUGGUUAGAGAAGGAAAGAGCUUCCUUAGAAUCUAGUAAACAAUCACUUAAUCAACAACAAUCUAGUCAGCUCAAAUCACUGGAAAAGGCUCUUGAGGACCUAUCCAUUGAGAAACAGGUGCUGAAGGAGCGAUAUGAAAGUGCAUUAGAGGGUGCCCAGACCAAGGGCCAAGAAGACCUGGCUAAUCUUCAGAAGGACCAUGAUAGUAAGAUGGACCAGGUCCUGAAGGCACACAAGGCUGAGCUGGAGAAACAACAGAAAGAGGCUGCUGCAGAGUUAGCUCGCUUAAAACAGGAGCUUGAGGGUGAGUUGGAGUCCACGCAGGAGCGCCUGAGCAAAGAGCGAGACUCCCUCCAGACCCAGCUCAAUCACCUGGAGGCGGAGCUUACCAACAAGCUCAAGCACGCAGAGGGAGAAGUCCGUCGGUUGGAGGGGAUCCUCAAUGACAAUGAGAAGGGGCUGGGCUCCGCUAAUGGCAGGAUCAGCUCCCUCCAACAGACCAAUGCUCGGCUCCUGGAGAACCUGGAGAAAGCACAGAAGGAAGGGAGGGAGACAGAGAGCCAAGCUUCAGCAUUCAAGACGGAGCUUGAAAAGCUGAAACACACUCAUGCCACCAAGAUGGCUGAAUCUAGGGAAGAACUGAAGAACAAACUUGAUAAGCUGUCUCAUGAUCUUGAUACAAGGUGGACAGAAACCCUCAGGAAAGAGUGUGAGAAACUUCGUAGUGAGCUGACAGAGCAGCAUGAUGAAGAUAAACAAGCCGCUCUCAAACAGUUGACUAGUCUCAAGAACCAGGAGUUAGAUGCAAGUAAACAAGGCUGGCAGAAAAAGAUCACUGAUCUCUUACAAGAGAUCUCCAGUCUAAAGGAGCGCCUGACAAACAAGUCAGAGCGGUCACUUGAGGAGAUGGCCACUCUGCAGAGGAAAGCUGACCAGGAGAUCAAUUGGCUCAAGUUUGAGAUGACCACUGCUAAGGAGAGCCAUGCCAAGAUUCUGAGUGACCUCCAGACUGCUCAGGACAAAGAACGGUCAAGGAUGCUAGAGGAACACAAGAAGGCACUAGAGGAGUUGGAGGAGAACCUAAAGAAUGCGCAGAAGUCAGCAGUGGACUCUGAGCAGAAAGCUCGUCUGGAUGAGAUUCAGAGACUCAAGGCUGAGAUGGACCAAACCCGACUCAGUGAACUUGACAUGCAAGCCACAGGACACAGAAAAGCAAUAGAGAAGCUAAGACUUGAGAUGACCCAUCGACAGUCAGCUGAGUUAGAUCAACUAACCAGAGCUCAUCGUACCCAGAUGUCUGCUGCUAAGAUGGAGCUUGAUAGAGCUAUUGAACUCAAACAGAGACAGGAACGUGACUUUGAGAUGCGCAACCAGGACUUAAAGGAAGACAUCCAGCAGCGAGACCGUCAUCUUGACAGCAAGGAAGGUCAGAUCCGUGAUCUGAAGACACAGCUAGAGAAAGUCAGGAAGGAGAUUGAUUUCAAGGUUCAGGAAGUCCAGAAGAUCAAAUCAGAAGCUGUUGCUCAUUUGAGGAAACGAGAGCAGGCUCUUCUGAAGACUCACCAGGACAAUCUGGACAAAGCAGCCGCUGAACACCUGAGAGAGACGCAAUCAAUGCUUUCAGAGUUCAACAAAGCACAGGAUCUGCUCAAAGACAAGAUCUCUGCUCUCCAGAUCAUGCUUGAGGAAGCAGAAGAGAGAUAUCAAUCCCGGAGCUCCAGACCUGAAGAUAUCCAACAGAUAGCCAGACUCAAAGAUAUGAUAGCAGAGAAGGAACAAGCUGUCAAGAAACUCAUUGAUGACAAACGGUUCUUCCAAAUGGAACUCAUCAACAGAGAGACCAAUUUCAACAAAGUUUUCAACGCUAACCCAAACAUUGGAGUUCUGAAUCCACUUUCCACCAAGAAAAAGAGAGGUAGCGUUCCUGACGACUCUGCCUCCCAGCGCUACGUCAGUGCCCCUAAUCUGAAUCUGACUGGAGGGAGUACCAAGAACUUUGGUGUUAGUGGAACAUCUUCCAGUGGUAGCAGUCCAGGGUCCAACGCCCGUCUUGACCCCCUUCCUGAUUCCCCUAUCCACGACUUCCAGCUCAAUCCAAAGAGACCGCUUCAGGACGGUUCUUUGUAUCCACCUAGACCACCGCGCACGAAGAAAUUUAUCAACACGUGAUAGAACAUGGCUAGGGGUGUGUUUAGACAUUCAGAAUCACAAGCCUGUUUCAUGAAGGAUCAUGCCAGAGAUUUGCAUGGACAAAUUUGCUCUGAGCCAAUCAGAUACUAGGAUUUGCCUGUGUCUAGAGAUGCAUUCAAACAAUUGGAAUCGCAACCCUUUGGAGUGUUUCAUCAAGCAUCUAGUCAGUGAUUUUUACUUACAAAUUUCCUCUGAGCCAAUUAGAUGCAAGGAUUUCAGUAGCUUUUAGCAAAUAGACAGUGAAAAUCACUAUUUGUUUCAUGAAAUGCUCCCCUGAUUCACAAUUCAAGAUGCAAACACAAAACAUGGUUACUGCAGGAUAGUGUUCAAGUGAUUUUUAUCAUCUGUGAUUCUUCAUCAUUUUAAGUCAAGCAUCCAUGUCUAAUCCAAUCUGGGAGCCAGCCGCUUUUGUACAAUCAUGAUUGGCAUUGCUGUUGCAUUUAAGUGAUCUUGAAAUGAUGUGGUUCUGCAGAAUCACAUUUCAAAAUGCUCUGUUUUCAGCAUAUGUAUUUGCGUUUUGAAAGAUGUUAUUUUCAUGACAAAAAAAUGCUUGAAUGCAACCAUGGUCUGAACUCAGCGUCUUAAAACAUGUUCCUUUGGUAAAAAUAUAUGUUGACCACAGCCUACAAACAGUAUUAGUUACUGUGUCUGUCCAUCAAUGAUGCUUGAAAGGAAUGUGUUGACGUAUAGUACCAAUACAGUCCAAAAUGUAUUGAACUUGAAUGAACAUGUACUGAAGAAAGGUUUGAAAGUUACUGUACAGGUUUGACUUUUUGUACAGGUAUAGAAUCGUGCUUGGUAUGGAGAUUUUUUUUAAAUUUUAUAAACAGCGUAUUCGUAAUGUUUCCUACUCACCUUAAGAGUUCAGAGCCAUUUGGUCCAUUGCAUAUCGGUCCAAUUUUCAGACAGUUCCACAUUGAUAUGCCAAUUUGGUCUUUUGUUAAUUUGUAUGUGUUGCUAUUCAGUCCAUUAAUUGUUUGGUUUAAUAUCAAAUUGGACUAAAAGACUACCGAAGCUGUUAACUUUUUCGGGAGGGGGGUGCAUUUCAGUGUUUUUGAUAACGUGAAAGUGUGGAGCAUGAUGUAAAACAUUUACAACCCAAAUUUUGUGGGAAUCGGUUCAUUGGGAUCCAAUAUUUGGCUACAUGAAUACAUGCUUUACUUUAGUUCCUUUGAAAUCAGUGUAAAUUGGAGUGGUUCCAAACAGUUAUGAACCUGGGGCCCAUUUCAUAAAAGUUGUUAGU